UGGAGGAAGUGCGGCCGCAGGCCCCGGGUGCGCGGCCCUCAGGAGGCGCCCUCGCUGACACCUGCCGCCCUCCGCGCUGCGUCCUCCGGGGGCCGCGAGGUCCGUCGGCCCGCAGCCUUCAGCGGUGAGGGCCGUCGCGGUGAGGGCCCGCGGUGGCUCCCCAUGGAGACGGCCGGGAGGGGCAGCGAUGGCAGCCCCCGGGGGCCCGUCCUGCACAUCGUGGUGGUGGGCUUUCACCACAAGAAGGGCUGCCAGGUUGAAUUCUCCUAUCCUCCCUUGAUUCCGGGAGAUGGACAUGACAGCCACAUUUUACCAGAAGAAUGGAAAUAUUUGCCCUUCCUUGCCUUACCAGAUGGUGCACACAACUACCAGGAAGAUACUGUGUUUUUUCACUUACCACCCAGAAAUGGAAAUGGAGCCACGGUAUAUGGUAUUUCUUGCUAUCGACAAAUUGAAGCCAAGGCAUUGAAAGUAAGACAAGCAGAUGUUACCAGAGAGACUGUUCAGAAAAGUGUCUGUGUCCUAAGCAAGCUGCCUCUCUAUGGCUUACUUCAAGCAAAGCUUCAGCUUAUUACACAUGCGUAUUUUGAAGAGAAGGAUUUUUCCCAGAUUUCCAUUCUAAAGGAGCUCUAUGAGCAUAUGAAUAGUUCCCUGGGAGGAACUUCAUUAGAAGGAUCCCAAGUGUAUCUUGGUCUGUCUCCUCGAGAUCUUGUCCUUCAUUUUCGACACAAGGUCUUGAUCCUGUUUAAAUUAAUUCUUCUUGAAAAAAAGGUUCUUUUUUAUAUUUCUCCAGUGAAUAAGCUGGUGGGUGCACUGAUGACUGUGUUGUCCCUUUUCCCAGGCAUGAUUGAGCAUGGUCUCAGUGACUGUUCUCAGUACAGACCCCGGAAGAGUAUGUCAGAAGAUGCUGGGCUUCAGGAAAGCAGCCCGCCUGCCGAUGAUUUUGUUUCUGGGUCCACUUCUAACGUAUCAGUUACCAACUUGGGAACUGUCAGGAAGAGCAUGGGAAGCCACGGGGGAGACACUGCUGCCAAGACUGAAGUACCUUUGUUCCAAGCAGAAGAUGCCCGCAGCAAAGGCCCAGCCAUCGUUGAUACCAGUCACUAUUUGAAACCUCCAUCACGCCCUUCUCCAGAGUCUUCAGAAAGUGACUGGGAGACGUUGGAUCCUAGUGUUCUCGAGGACUCCAACUUGAAAGAAAGGGAGCAGGUGGGAGCAGAGCAGCCAGACCUGCUUCCCAAGGACCCCGUGCCCUCCGACAGCCCUCCAAUCACCGUGCAGCCUCAGGCUAAUACAGGGCAAGUGGUCCUGAUUCCAGGGCUCAUUUCGGGUUUGGAGGAGGACCAGUACGGCAUGCCCCUGGCCAUCUUCACAAAGGGCUAUCUGUGCUUGCCGUACAUGGCAUUACAGCAGCAUCAUCUUCUGUCUGAUGUCACAGUGCGGGGAUUUGUUGCUGGAGCUACUAACAUCCUUUUUCGACAACAGAAACACCUCAGUGAUGCCAUUGUGGAAGUAGAAGAAGCUGUGAUCCAGAUCCAUGACCCAGAACUCAGGAAGCUGCUUAACCCGACCACCGCCGACCUCCGGUUCGCAGACUACCUGGUGAGGCACGUCACUGAGAACCGGGAUGACGUCUUCCUGGAUGGCACGGGCUGGGAGGGAGGUGACGAGUGGAUCCGGGCCCAGUUUGCAGUCUACAUCCAUGCCCUGCUGGCCGCCACGCUGCAGUUAGAUAAUGAAAAGAUACUGUCGGACUAUGGGACCACUUUUGUUACAGCGUGGAAGAAUACUCACAACUAUAGGGUAUGGAAUAGCAACAAGCAUCCGGCACUUGCUGAAAUAAAUCCGAACCAUCCAUUUCAAGGCCAGUACUCCGUGUCAGACAUGAAGUUAAGAUUCUCACAUUCUGUCCAGAACAGUGAACGUGGCAAAAAAAUUGGAAAUGUCAUGGUCUCAACGAGCCGGAAUGUUGUACAAACAGGAAAAGCUGUAGGCCAGUCUGUUGGGGGCGCCUUUUCCAGUGCGAGGACUGCCAUGUCUUCGUGGCUUUCGACUUUCACCAGUUCCACCCCACAGAGUCUGACGGAGCCCCCGGAUGGAAAGCCCUGAGCAAGGUGGCCAGGCUGCCAUUGCUGUCCCAGGUAGAAGUGUUCCCUGUGUGCUGCUCCCAGACUGUGCACUGGCCGCGCGUCCAGAGCAAGGGACCAAUAUGUCGAGCUGUUUACACGGACAGUUGAGCCCUGUCUGAAACGAUGGGAUCACAGCCGGAGCACGAGUGGCUGUCCAGCUUGGGUUGAGAUGGACUGCUUUUGUUUCGUUCUGAGCCUGAUUAAACACACCUUGAACCUUCUAGUGGAUUUGACAUCCUGAUGUGACACAUUUGUUUACUUUAGAAAGGUUUUUACUUAUGUGAAUUUUAUCCUGUUUUGCUGUUUGAAUAGCUACACGGUCAUUGUAAUUUAUAUUUGCUAAAAUUAAGUUAUUAUUAUUUUAAUUUCUCUCAAGUUGGCCCUAAAAUGUGCAACCUUUGUUAUUUUCGUGAAUUAGCUGAUUUUGUUGUUUCUACCCACAAAAGUUGCCAACUCAUUUCUUUCCAGACAUGGGACCGCCAGGGGCAGUGAUCCUGCAGGACAAGACUGCUCUGUUUCACAUUUCUCAUUUGUUCUUUCCAAAUCCUUAAAAGCCAGUGUGGAGGCAUCGAGGAGUGUCGCUGUGUUCCUUCCCGCCCCGCCCGUGGGGUGGAUGUGCAGAGAUGGUGCAGAGCUGGGUCCGUGGGCGUGGGAGCCACGGGACGCACAGGCCGGUCAGUGCAGCCGUCCUCUCAGAGGUCACUGUCCACUCCAGUCAUGUUGCAGUUUCUUACCAGCAUUUUUUAACCCUGAAUGUAUGCACCUUCAGUUUCUUCUUUUGAACAGUUUCCCUUCGGUGUGUCAGAUAUACAGGGUUCUUUUUGUUUUUGUUUUCUCAUCUACUCUUCUUUGUAGUCUUCAUAAAGUUUUUCAAGGCUUUUGGCCUUCCUACUUCAGACUGAAAACACCCUGCCCCCAACCCAUCUAUAAUCAGCCCCUGUCCAUAUGAAAUCAGUCCCUUUACACUCGUAAAGAGAAUCAAGAUGAUUUGUAAGUAUUCCAUGGAGACCCCAGCUUAGCCCACAGCCAUCCCGUCAGUCAUCUGUGGUGUAGACGAAGUCUGGUUUCACAUUAGCCACCUGCUCUUGUGUGGCAUCUACUGACGAUUGUACAUGGCUGGACCUGAUGUGUUUGCUAUAAGCAGCUCCCGUUUGCUUUCCAGGGGGACUUUAGAUGGGUGUUCUCAGGGAGAAUUUAAGGUGAACAGAGUGUCUUUUCUGUCACAAAGGACACGUGGUUAAAAAUAAGUACGUACAUAUACACAUUGGGAGCCUAAUGCUAGAAAGAGUGCUGGGAAAAUAAGAGGCUUGAUUAAGCGGAUGCUGGUUAUGCUUGACUGAGCACUUGUGACGUGUAUCUAAGGAGUUAAUCCUUGUAAGGCAUGUGUAGUGAACAGAGAGCAACAGCCACACACCCUCGGCUCCCCCAAGUGCAGGAAAUGCAAAAGCUUACUUUCCUUUGAGCAUAUCAAUCAGAUUUCAGUGAUGAUCAACUGGAGAGUUUAAUGAGAGAACUCCAUUAAUUCAGUGCUGCCAAGAAAGUGAACCUUGGGAAGUCAUAUUUGAAGAAAAGGAAGUGAUACCAGCACAGCCUCAAAAAGUACUAUAAAGAUGUGCUGAGACCACGAAGGAGCCAUUCUGACCUCUUGGCUCCUGGUGGCACAUCGUUAGCAUGAUGUGUGUUCGUGGAGCAUCGUUUCCUUGCAGCAAAGUACUCACUGCUAGGGAAACAGGCCCUGGUGUGCGGUUUGGUUAAGCUCCCAUCUCUCACUAUUCAAUAUCCACUCAACCCAUACUUUGAAAUCCACUGAAAUAAAAAUAGAUGAAAUUCACCUUUGCUUUAGUAUUUCUUGUCCCCCAUUUGGACAUAUAUAAUAUGUAGUAUAUAUUUUCAUGUGAACUGUCUCAAUGUUUCUAGUUGACUUAUUCAGUGGUCACUCAACUGGCCUUCAGCAUAAAAUGACUAAUUUCAGAAGUUAAAAUUUAGGUCCUGGAAAGGGUUGGAAGGCUGUACCUAUUCUUUCUGCCCAUCCUGGAGUUUGUUGGAGUUUUCAGGGAGGACAUGCCAUGGUAGGCAGGGGUCCCAAAGUGACAGCACUAUUGGGGACGGGCAGUCCUGCCCCUUGGCCUAUGGGCCCACACACCUGGUGCUCACAUCCCAGGCACCUCAGGUGACCAGCUCUGAAGCAGUCCCCUUCCAAGCAACACUUGUUGAGCUAAUGGGUUCCAGGCCAGCUUCCACGGUGACAUCGCUAAUGACAAGGGUGGUGGCAGUGUCAGCAGCCACUCUGGCUGAGGCUUGAGGAAGUGAGGGUGAGCUGGCCUCUUCCAGGGUGUGACAGACUCCUGCUGUAGCUGGCUGGUAGUGGCCCUGCUUCCAGCUGGCCGGAAAGGAGUGUUUGAAAGAUGCCCUUGUGUACUGUACUUCAUCCUAAGCACAGUAAGGACAGUGGCACGGGGAAGGAAGGAAGAGAAAGUGGAAGUUCCCAGUCCUGGCCUCCAUGGGUAGAAUGGCUUGCUCAUAGUAUUUGUGUGUGUGACCAGCACUAGCAGUCUGACCCCAGAUCCCAUGGGAUCACCAGCCCCGAAGGCCUCAGGAACUUCUCUAGGCGAGCUUUAGGAAGCAGAUCCCCCACCCAGCCUUGGCUGGCUUCCCAGGAGCUGGAGGGAGCACGCUUUGUCUCUAAGAAUUGCCUUUGGAAAGUCGAGGGGGAGGUAGAAGGGGGGGCCGAUUGGGAUGAGAGAGAGAAGUAACAGGCCCAGCUGAGGAUCAAGGCUCUUUAAGUCCGAGUCUGACUGCAGGCGUCCCAAGCGCGGCACCUGCUCCACGGGUUGGAGGUUUCAGAAGGCAGUGAGAGCCCAGUGUGUGGGAGGAAGGUCUGUGCCAUUCUUCCAUCCUGUGCAUGUUGUAGCCCAGUGGUCUUUGAGAUGAGUCAGGGCGCCCUUCAACACUGGGGAGGCAGGGAAGCAGCCGCUCCUUGUAGCCUGUGCUGUGACAGGGAGUCACUGGGGCUCCAGAGGGCCGUCCCCCUGGCAUGCUCUGGGCCCUUGACCAAAGGUGGCUGGCAUGUGGGGCUUUCGCACCCAGCCUGUGGUAGCCUUGAAACAUGCCAGGCUGUCGCCCUGAUGACAUGAAGAGUGUUGUCAUUCCACAUAGCAUAAUGUGCCACUCAUUCCAAGUCUUUGGACCUCCUCAUGUGGGAAUCCUUCCAUUAUUUUGAGUAUUCCAUAAAUAUUUGUCUAAGACAAAAGGAAUGUGGAUCUUUUUUUCAUAUAAAUGAUUUUGUACACAUGCCUUCUUACUUUCCUUAUGAAGGAGGGUGAACUAGCUCCCUGGGUGAUAAAUCUGAAAUCAAAAGCUUGUGCAUGUCUCUAAGGAGUAGAAUAUAUUUUGUAAAAUUCUAAGUACAUUUGUAUUCCUGUGCUUACCUUUUUACUUACCAAUUAAAGAUAUAGAGGCUAUAUAUUUAAAUCAUGUAAAUGGAACAUCACGUAGGGUUUUUGUCCAAUCUUAUCUUCCAUCAGCCUAAACACACACGUAGUAUGCUGCUCAAAUUUUUUUCUGUGCAAUAUAAAUGUAUGAACAUUUCAGUCAGGUACUGAGCCAAGAAAGGUAAUUGAAGUUUUCAGAAAGCUUCAGUCCUUAGAAAAUAUUUAGGUACUUUCUUAUUAAUAUUCUAUGGCUGGAAAAACAAGAUGAAGAUGUAGGUGUUUCAGGGCAUAGGUUUCUAAGUUUAGGAAGCAUCUGACUCACUUGAUGAAGGCAUUUAAUGGUUACAAAAACAGUGUGACUACCUGAGAUGAAAGGUUUUCCACAGACCCUUUCUAAGAAUGUUUAGCUUAGCUGCGGCACAUGUUUUGAUCAGAAAGGUAGUUUCCCCUUGCGCUAAAUAGUCCUAUAAUUUGUACUAGUUCGGGUUGUGUCUUUUUUUAAGUGUUAAAGUUAUAAAUCACAUCUAAUCACAAUGAAUUGUAAAACUUCUAUUGUAUCUUUAUUUUAAGAAGGAAAGAAUAAAAUUACCCUGCUGGA